AUGUCAAGUAGUGCGAAAAGGUCGGGUGUUUGGAAAUACUUUGUGGAGGUUGAUAAAAACAAAUCUAAGUGUAAUUUGUGUGGAGUUCAACUAUCACGUGGAGGUAUGGGAAAAACUGCGACUACUUCGUCCAUGAAAAGACAUUUGCAGACUAAACAUAAGUCGGAGUAUGAAGAGGUUUUUGGUACUACAAGUAUUGCUUCAAGUAGCAAAGAAUUUGUCUCUCAGUCCAGUCAAUCACAAGUGAGUGGUUUUUUGAAGCAGCCGUCUUUAGAAGAUAUGUUAGAAAAGAAAAAGUUGUGGGAUAUUAAUGAUUCUAGAGCAAAGAGGUGCCAUUAUUUAAUCGGUGAAAUGAUCGCAGUGGAUAACGAGCCAUUUUCUAUCGUGGAAAGUCAUGUAGGGUUUCGCCGGUUUGUCAAUAAUAUUUUACCGCAGUACGAGAUACCAAGCCGAAUAUAUUUUAGCGAAAAUGUAAUUCCAGAUAUAUAUAACAAAGUGGUGAACAAUAUCAAGUCAAGAUUGGCACCGGUCAACCACAUCUCUUUUACUACAGACAUGUGGACAUGUCAAACUAACAAAACUUGUUUCCUCAGUUGUACUGCCCAUUGGUUAGAAGAAAGUUAUAUGCUUGGUCAUGCAGUGCUAGAUAUAAAGGUUUUCCCAGAGAGUCAUACGGCAGAAAACAUAAAGAAAAGCUUACUCGAUUCGGUUUCCGAUUGGAACAUACCAGCUACGAAAGUACGUGCCGUUGUACAUGACAAUGCAGCAAAUAUAACAAAAGGUGUGAAAGACGCAAACUUCCCUUCUUUUCGUUGUUUUAUUCACACUCUGCAAUUAGUAAUUAAUGACGCUAUAGACGCUAAUACUUCUGUUAAAGAAACAAUUUCUGCUGCUCGACGAAUCGUGACACAUUUCAAUCACAGUGGUUAUAACAAACUUCACGAGAUUCAAGAGGAACUUGGCCUUCCAAAAAGAAACUACAUCAAGAUGUUAUUACCAGAUGGAACUCAACUUAUUAUUUACUGGAACGUAUUAUUGAACAGAGACGAGCUAUUUCUGUCUACUUCGCAGAAUCUCGAAAUUUGA